ACAUUUCAUCAAGAUUUUUAUUAACCACUAGUGGAAUAGUCCGGGUCAGGGGUCGUGCUGUGGGUGAUAUUUCCGUGGCAGAAAAUGUCCCAAAUCUGAGAGGUUUCGAGAUGUUUUUUGGCCAAUAAUUCAGCCUUGAUUGGUAAACAGUCGACACCAUGAGUUGGAAUCCGUUCAACCGUCUGUCUGCUUCACCAAAGAGAACGGUCAUCUCUAAGACAGUGGAGAAGGACUUUGAGCGGGAAUGUACAAAGCUGGCACAGCUGGAUGAAUCCACUAAGAAAUUGUACAAAGAUAUGAGGAAAUGUACGGAAGCAGUCACAGCGCUGUCGAAGUGUGAAGUAAAGCUGGGACAGGAUCUGGUGUCCACGUGUCAAGGAGAAGAUAUGUUGAGGAAUGAGGCAGAGGCAGUGGGCGCCACCACUGCUAAGCUGGAAGGGUUUUCUCAGGAACUGAACACAAGUAGUCAAAAAGCUGUUAUUGAACCUAUGAAAAGGUUUACCAACAUCUUCCCCCAGGCCAACAGUGCCAUCAGGAAAAGGGAACAGAGUCUUCAGGAGUACAGUCGACAGCAGCUGAAGGUAGAGAAGCUUCAGGAAAAGGAGAGGACGGGACCAAACAUUGUCAAGCUGGAGCAGGGUAAGAAGGCCCUGUCAGCAGCCAAGGAGGACUUUGAGGUGCAGAACUCUUCACUAAUGGAGGAGAUGCCUCAGUUCUAUGAUGGGAGGAUAGACUACUUCCAACCCUGCUUUGAGGCACUGCUUAAAUCUCAGGUUGCGUACCACAGUAACGUGUACAAGGUGCUGUGUGAGCUGGCGUCCGACCUUGGGGCUGACACCGACCCCCCUCCCGACCACCAGUACAACGCUGACCUCCAGAAACAGCUGUCAGACAUGAAGGCACUCAGUAUAGUCUUAGAGGAUUAGACUGAGAAAAUCAUGACCCAAAAAUUCCUUCCUGUUUCAAAGUAAUGGAAUAGUCCAAAAGUUGGAUUGCAUUAGAACUGCAAGAAACAAAGGGGGAUACAUCCUGGUCUUGUACCUGAUUGUGCUCCCCUCUCCUUUAGUUCAGUGCUGAAAUUAAUUAUGUAACAUUAUUAAACAGACAUCUUAGAGCAAAGACGGACAUUUUAGGAAAAUGGGAGGGGGUAAACGCUCCAGGUUCAUUUUUUGUCAAUUGUCAGUUAAGCCUACUGACAUUUACCCUUUCAAAGAUGUACAAAAUGUAUCUAGAAAUUGUAAUGUUUUGUAUACAUCCAAAGUACAUCAGGUUUGGACUACUAUGUAUAAGUUCUUAUAAAUUCAUUAUAGGCCUCCACAUCUGUCCAAAGAAAAUAUGGUAAAUGAUGAAAGUAUAAUUAAAGCUAUUAGAAUUUUGUCCCUUUAUUACUGAUUAUAUUCAAAUAAUUGCACUUUGCAGUCGAUUAUCAAAUGGUAUUCAACAGAUACUGUAUGACUAUACUUAACAUUGAUCAUCAUGUUUGCAUCAUAUUACAUGUAUGAAACAUUAACAUUGUAUUCUUUGACAAUCGUUAGAAGGAAAAAUGUAAUCUUCUGUCAUAUUUUUGACUAUAUCAUAUGUAUCAGAAUGGAAGAAAA